AUGGCUCCUCGAUCACAAGAUCCGAUGCUUUCAGACGGCUCAGUCAGUAUUUACGGGCAAUUUGCGAAAGUUUUGGAGCAUCAACUACCUAAAUUGAGGUCCCAUGAGGACAAUUCAUUCGACGAUUCAAUUCUUCAAGAUCGUGUACACCAACUUUUUGAGAUUGUCCAACAGUUUAGCGCUAUAGCAUCAGAAAAGGCAUUUAAAGUAAAAGAAGAGGAAGUGUACAAUGGAGUUUCCUCACCCGAAGAGUUCGAGAAUUGGGAGCUUGAAAUGAAGUUAUGGAGAUUAGUGGAAAAGUUGUACAUCACACGUUUGAUUCCUAAUGAGCUGGAGCAAGAGCAAAAGCUUGAAGAGUUGACAAGCAUAUUGCGUUGGUUACAAGACAACACUCCAGAUGUAUUGAUCCCUGAUAGCGAGGAUAAUUUGAAUCCUCGAAACAAGUGGUCAUACACUAGGAUCGCUGUUAGCACUGCACAGUAUAAACCAUUAGUUGGAAAAGAUAUCGAUCUUGAUUUAGUAGAAAACCUUGAUGUUGAUGCACUAUUGAGAACUGAUCAAAGAAUUGAGCCAGCUGAUGAAGAGAAGGACGCAGAGAUUUUUGAGGUUAUUUACAAGUUUGUUCUUUUAGGACAUAUUAAAAGUGCAAUAGAUUAUGCUAAAGAUACUGGUAAUUUUGCAAUGGCACUCAUUCUUACAGGAGGGUUGGAUGACAGUGAUGACAUGAGCGAUACCUUACAGCAGAGUAAGAUGGUUAAGUCAACUUGGAUCAAACUUGUUUACAAGUUGUCUCAGAACCCACGAUUAAGUCAAUUCGAGAGGUUGAUCUACACGUACUUGAGUGGAGGCGAUAUUAGUGGCAAUUUGGAAAUUGCAUCGGCCUCUUAUGAUGAGUACAUGAAUGUUUUGAUUAAUCAGCUCCUCGUGUAUCAAUAUUUAAAAAAUGAGAAGCACAAAUCAGUUGAUAAUAUUCACAUACCGCCUCCACAAGCAAAAUCUACAAAGGAUGUCUUGACAAUUGUAUCCUCAGCCGCUGGAACGAAUGCACAAAAGGAGAGCACACACCUUAUCAGAAACAUAUCAGCCUCUGUGAUGAUCAAUGAAGUUGAAUCAUUGAUCAAAAAUGUGAACAAAAACACCGAUAACAAUGUCCUUAGGAUUUUGACACACUUGGGAAUAUUUCUUGCAUUAGUGAAGCCAUACCAAAACCCAAAAGAUUUAGGCAAUGCAAUCACCGAAUAUGUGUCAAGAUUGUUUGAUUCGAACCAAGCCGACUUGGCGCCCCUAUAUUUGUCACUUAUUCCUGAUGAAGAAGACGCCAAAAAGGCAUACUACUCGAUACUUACUGCCAUCACUGAUAAAGAAGAACGCGCUAGACAGCUACAUGUUGCCAAAAAAGUUGCUUCCCUACACGUUGAUGACGAUACUGUGAUUGUAGCAGAUGAUGCUCCGAAGGAAAAACUUGAAAACGUGUUGAAAAGUAUUGUUGAACGGGAGAUUGAGGAGACAGCACCUUAUUACAAGCAAAGCAAUGGUGCAAUUGUGAUUUUCGAUGAAGACCUAGAUGAUUCGAUCAGCAAAGAAGAUUCGAGACUAUGCAAUGCAGUCGAUUUGUUCUAUGAGAAUCGCAUGUUCGAGGAUGCUAUAGAAUCAACCAUUACUAUCAUAAGGCGAUUUCUCAUGAUGGGUAAAUUGGCAAGUUUGAAAAGAUUCUCCAAAGACAAAAAUUUCAAAAAUCUUGUUUCGGAUUACAACGUUCAGAAAAUGGGUGCAGAAAAUGAUGAAAUCAGUGAAGAUACAAAGCUUGAGUUGAUACAUUAUGAAAAUUUUGUUGAAGGGUUGAGAUUGUUGAGUCAGUGGAGAAGUUUCCAUGCUGGCCUGAGCACUUAUGAUGGAUCAACAGUGGAGGCGUCACUCAAUAAAACCACUAAGCUCAUGACAAACUUGGUUUCGAGUUGGCUUAAAGAUUUCCUGGAUCCCAUGUUGAUGGAGUUUAGAACUUUAUACGUGCCUUACUUGAUUAUUGAGUUGAUCACAAUCUAUGAAAACGCUAGAAUGAAGGAUUGGAAGUAUAUUAGGUUGGCUUUCAACUUGAUUGAGGAAGUUGCUAACGAUGGUGUCAAUGAUUAUCUAAAAUGCUUUGAAACUAGUGGGAGGUUGCAAGAGUUUUUGGCCAAAGUAGGUCAAUUGUCGGCUAUUGCCACAGAGCAAGGAAAGCAGGGUUUAUACUGUUUAUAG